AGAGGGAGAGAGAGAGAGAGCGGCGCGGAGGUUGAGAGAGGCCCCGAGAGAUAAAGCUGGAGGGCAGAAAUUAUUAGGGGGCGCGGGACGAGAGGAGGGGCCAGGGGAGCGAGCCCGCGGCGAGAGAGGCAAGCGAGUGUGCGCCGAGUGUGCAAGGGCGGGAGGGAGGAGAGAGAGCCAGCGGCGGCCGGGAUCGCGCCGACUCGGGCCCAGCGGCGGGGGGGCAGCCUGCUGAGCCUCCUCAUCUGGAUCCUCACUCUCUCCGACACUUUCUCACAAGCAGGGCUGUAGGAAUGCCUCUGGAGAGCAAUAGCACAUGUCUAAUGAGCUGCCAAUCAAGUCUGCUACCUGAGAAGCCCAGGUUUCUGAAUCAGAAGAUGUGGGCUCCACACUUAGCCAUUGCGUAUCUUAUCUCUGUGACUUUGGCUCUCGCUUUGCCUGGGACCCAGACUCGCUUCAGCCAGGAGCCAGCUGAUCAGACCGUGGUGGCUGGACAACGGGCCGUGUUGCCGUGUGUGCUCCUCAACUACUCUGGGAUUGUACAAUGGACCAAGGACGGCCUGGCCCUAGGCAUGGGCCAAGGCCUCAAAGCCUGGCCACGGUACCGGGUCGUGGGCUCUGCAGAUGCUGGGCAAUACAACUUGGAGAUCACAGAUGCCGAGCUCUCCGACGACGCUUCCUAUGAGUGCCAGGCCACAGAGGCUGCCCUGCGAUCCCGGAGGGCCAAACUCACCGUGCUCAUUCCUCCAGAAGACACCAGGAUUGAUGGGGGCCCUGUGAUUCUGCUGCAAGCAGGCACCCCCCACAACCUCACAUGCAGGGCCUUUAAUGCCAAGCCUGCCGCCACCAUCAUUUGGUUCAGAGAUGGGACACAGCAGGAGGGGGCUGUGGCUAGCACGGAACUGCUGAAGGAUGGUAAACGGGAGACUACAAUCAGCCAACUGCUCAUUCACCCCACAGACCUAGACAUCGGUCGUGUGUUCACCUGUCGCAGCAUGAACGAGGCCAUCCCCAAUGGCAAGGAGACGUCCAUUGAGCUCGAUGUACACCAUCCCCCUACAGUGACUCUGUCCAUUGAGCCCCAGACAGUGCAGGAGGGCGAGCGAGUCAUCUUUACGUGCCAGGCCACAGCCAACCCUGAGAUCUUGGGCUACAGGUGGGCCAAAGGGGGGUUCUUGAUUGAAGAUGCCCAUGAGAGUCGCUAUGAGACAAAUGUUGAUUAUUCCUUCUUCACGGAGCCUGUGUCUUGUGAGGUCCACAACAAAGUGGGGAGUACCAACGUCAGCACUUUAGUGAAUGUUCUCUUUGCGCCCCGGAUUGUAGUUGACCCAAAGCCCACAACCACAGACAUUGGCUCUGAUGUGACCCUCACCUGUGUCUGGGUUGGGAAUCCCCCUCUCACCCUCACCUGGACCAAGAAGGACUCAAACAUGGGGCCCAGGCGUCCUGGCUCCCCACCCGAGGCUAAUCUCUCUGCCCAGGUCCUGAGUAACAGCAAUCAGCUGUUGCUGAAGUCAGUGACCCAGGCAGAUGCUGGCACCUAUACCUGUCGGGCCAUUGUGCCCAGAAUCGGAGUGGCUGAGCGAGAGGUACCACUUUAUGUAAAUGGACCCCCUAUUAUCUCAAGCGAGGCAGUGCAGUUUGCUGUGAGAGGUGACGGUGGCAAGGUGGAGUGCUUCAUCGGGAGUACCCCACCUCCAGAUCGGAUUGCGUGGGCAUGGAAGGAGAACUUCCUAGAGGUGGGGACCCUGGAACGAUACACCGUGGAGAGGACUAACUCAGGAAGUGGCGUGCUGUCCACACUCACCAUCAACAACGUCAUGGAAGCUGACUUUCAGACCCACUACAACUGCACCGCCUGGAACAGCUUCGGGCCAGGCACUGCCAUCAUCCAGCUUGAAGAGCGAGAAGUGUUACCUGUGGGCAUCAUUGCUGGGGCCACCAUUGGUGCAGGCAUCCUGGUCAUCUUCUUCUUUGUUGCCUUAGUUUUCUUCCUCUACCGACGCCGCAAAGGCAGUCGAAAGGAUGUGACCUUGAGAAAGCUGGACAUCAAGGUAGAAACAGUGAAUCGGGAGCCACUCACAAUGCAUUCUGACCGGGAGGAUGAUACCGCCAGCAUAUCCACGGCAACUCGGGUCAUGAAGGCCAUCUACUCAUCCUUUAAGGAUGAUGUGGAUCUGAAGCAGGACUUGCGCUGUGACACCAUUGACACCCGGGAAGAGUAUGAGAUGAAGGAUCCCACCAACGGUUAUUACAAUGUGCGUGCCCACGAAGAUCGCCCGUCCUCCAGGGCGGUGCUAUAUGCUGACUACCGUGCCCCUGGCCCGACACGUUUUGAUGGCCGUACGUCAUCCCGCCUCUCCCACUCCAGCGGCUAUGCCCAGCUCAAUACAUACAGCCGGGCCCCUGCCUCUGACUAUGGCACAGAGCCCCCACCCUCUGGCCCUUCUGCUCCUGGUGGCACCGAUACAACCAGCCAGCUGUCCUACGAGAACUAUGAGAAGUUCAACUCCCACCCCUUCCCUGGGGCAGCCGGGUAUCCUACGUACCGUCUAGGCUAUCCCCAGGCCCCACCCUCUGGCCUGGAGAGGACCCCCUAUGAGGCCUAUGACCCUAUUGGCAAGUAUGCCACGGCCACUCGAUUCUCCUACACCUCGCAGCACUCAGACUACGGCCAGCGAUUUCAGCAGCGCAUGCAGACUCACGUGUAGAGGCUGGAGUCUGGCUGGGGUAUCUCUGCGGGGCAGAGGAGAAGGCUUCCCAGCUCUUCCCUGACAUUCAGGGACAUUGCUCAUUGCUCGUUUCUUGGACCCAGCCUUCCUCCUCCUGCCAUCACAAAUAAGGAGCAGGUCUCCCAGUAACACCCCAUCCCAAGGAUGGUGCUCUGGGCAUGCCCCAGUCUCCUAGGCCUGCUGAGCUCUUCUCCAGGAGGAUGUCUCUACUGACCUUUGUCCAUUCCUGACCCAAGCUUGGGCAAGGAAGUGGAGGCGGUGGUGUGGGGAGGAUGGAGAGGAGAGGGGGAGAAAGGAGAGAAGAGCACAUUUUAUCAUUUCCUUUCCGUCCUGCUCCUCUGAUCUAUACGUGGGCGUGGAGAUACGCUGAGGUGGGCGAGCUUUGGCCUAGGUGGUUCUAGUCCAGGCAGCUGGGAUGCGGGACAGCCCACCAGUCCCUCUCUUGAUUUCUUUCAUACUUACAUUUAUCCUUCCCAUCUCAGGGGAUUACAGAUGGGACAAUGAGUUCAAAUCCAGCCCUCUGUCGGUUGGGGUCAAAAUGCCAGUCACCGUGGCUACUAUCUGUGGCUAUCUUAGUACAGAGGGCUCCAGAAAUCCCCAGUAGCACUGUUCCCUUUCUACUCAACUUUGUGCUGGACCUGCCAGAUGUGUCCUGGAUGUGAACAAAGAAUGGUCAGGACCAUGUCCUGGUUGACUAGCAAGGGACCACUGUGUACUGACUGCAUGGCAGUCCCCAGAUCCAACAGUAGUGGGAGCCACACAAGCUUUCUUCUUUCAUGUCAUCUGCCCUACUUUUUGGUCUUAACUCUUGAGCCUUGGAGAAUAGGGUAGGGCAGAGGUGUCAUGGAGCUAUUUUUUUUCCCAAAGGCAAUAAAAACCUCAUUUGGAAGGAAAAGCUGUAGGGGUUUCCCCACCAUAUGCCAGUCUUUGUGGAAAGGAAAGGGGUACCUGUCCUCCACCAGGCUCCUAACACCUUGCAUUAUUCUAAGUCUCCAAGCACUUUGAAUCUAUUAUGUACAUCCCAAUGAUGAGACUGCCUACUGCUGGAUUCUGAUAGAGUUAAGCAGUACUGAACCCCAGACGCUACUGUCCUACUCCAGGACUCAACCUAGUUAGAACUCACCUUGCAGGUGGCACGGUAAAUGCUUUAUCCAGGCAAAUUUUGGGUUUGUCUCCUCUUUACCCCACCCCCAGGCCAAUCAUAUUUCUUCUUCCAUUUUCAGUGCCUUGAGUGUCAGGUUUGUGAUGCUGUCCCUGUGUGGGGAGCAGCAACUUGUGAGCUUUAGAUUGUCCUGUGUUAGCAUCUAAGAAGAGACAAAUGAGGGGACAUGAAGGGAAGGGGGUCUGGAAAUGGCACUACAGGAAACUUUUUACUGAUCUAGAUGGAGCCCCCAGUGCAGAAGAACACUGCAGGCAUUGUAGUCCAUAACCCAUGCAGUCUCUUCCCAUGCAACAUGCACGUGACCACACACACACACACACACACACACACACACACACACACCACACAUUCCAUACCACUUCUCAUCUGACCAAAGAGAUUCUGUAAGUCCUGUUUCAGCCUCACAUUCCCAAGAAACUUCUGCCCAUCUGGAGUCUACUGCCAUUCUGUAGCCAACUGUCCACCUCCCACUGAGGCCUACAUGAUGGGAGGCAGUAUUCCCAGAAUACUCCUUGCCUUUUCUCAUUGGUCACCAUUCAUUAAUCAUGUUUAUUUUCAUGAGUUACAUGUGCAUCAACCACAGUCCAUCACUAACCUUACAGAUGGGCCUGUGGGGUGAUACUCUUAGCUAUCUCCUUUCUGAUAAGGACUGGGUAAUACCCAGGGAUCAAGGAGGUCCAUUCCCAGCCUGCCAGACAGCCGCUGCUCGUAGCUGUAUUCCAGUUCAGAGGGCUCACAGAGCCCUUUCCUGAGAUCUCAAUGAGGCAAUGUCUUUACAGUGUAGGUUCUUGUGAAUAUGAAUUCAUGCAAGUUUUAAUUUUCAUUCACACCUGAAGCCAUGGGUGAUCCAAACACUUUAAAAUCUAAAUAGAGUGGCAUUUCAAACAGCAAUACUCCCUAAAAUAAUCAUCUUAUUUGGGGGUUGGCUUGAUUCUCUUAUUUCUCUCUGAUUUAAGCAGUAGAUCCCUCCCAUGGAAACAAGAGCAUCGCUAAGGUCAAGCCCUGUAGGAAAUUUGUGGGUAUCAAGCACCAUGCACAGGAAACACCACUGGGACAGACUUGUCUCCUACCACUCAGAUUCUGCAGUCAGAAUCAGAGUUAGGCCUUGCAGAAUGACCAGUGGAAUUGUGUGUCUGGGGAGUUGAAGGCCCCCUAAUCACAGAGCUCUUCCAUCUGAAGCUAGUUUGUACCAGCAUGUUGGUGCCCUGUUACUUGAUGAUUCUUAGUUGAAAGAUUAAGGAACCAGGAGUCAAGAGACCCUGACCCAUUCUGCAGCUUCCAUUUGCUGAGUAACCAUGAUCUGACCUCUGUUUUCAUUGCCUCCAAUUUUCUGGUCUUUACCUACAACUCUUCUGUGUUGGCUGUGUUCAUCUGGGGAGGCAGAAUUUGGGAUUGCCCAUCCAUCCAAAGAACUCAAGAACAGUAAAGCAGUCAAGGUGAGGGUUAGAGCAGGAGAGGCCUACCUAUCCCAUAAACUUCUUGAUCUUGCCUGUCACCCUAACCCUGAGUGAAAUGAAGCAAUCUGUGCUUCUCUCCUCUUAGGUUCAACAGGUUGCUGUGAUCAUGGUAGGGCUCAGUUUCCUUUAGUGUGGCUGCAGACUGCAGCAUGAGGACUGGGUGAAAUGGGGAAGCUGCCUUUUACUUGGUCUUCGGGAACAGUCAUCUGGCCCAAAGGCUCCCUGUUUACCAAGCAAGGUGAAUCCUAUGGUCCCAGCAGUCUUGAGCCAGAAGACAAGAGUGAGAGCAGCUAACCCUUGCUGUAGGUUGGAAGGGAAACUGGUAGAGGAAGAAGAGUUAGUGGUUUUAACCUAAACUCUGCAUAUGGCCGUUGUGGCUCUGGAUGGGCCUCAGUCUGUAGAGAGCCCAUCCUGAUGCCGAGUCCUGGUCCCCCAAAGUCUAACCACAGAAUAUGCAUGAAGCAAAACCUAUUGAGAGGAUGGAAAGUAACAAGGAAUGAAAGCAAAUGUCUGGAUCAGAAUGAAAAAGAUGAGCUCCGCUCGAAUGAUUCUGGGUGAUACACUUUCCUCAUGUUGACAGCUGCUUUCCUUGCUAUGUUGACAGGAACUUCUCCUGCCCUGUGGGAUGGAGCACACUGACCCGUGUCUUGCCCCCUUGUGCUCUGUUAACAUGUGGGUGCUCUGUCAGGAGCCAUAGCUCUUGGGCUCCUUAAGAUGGAAUUGGGUGGCACUGUACACUUGGCCCACUACAUAGGCAACUGUGAUUUACAGAAACUCAUGUUAAAGCCAACGACCCUGUUUGGACAUGUGGAGUCUCCUGGCUCAAUCACUGCCUCAUCCUGUUGUAUGAGCAAUUCUGUCUCUUUGGGUGAAUUACAUGACCUCCCAAAGCUACUGCAGGCUCAAAAAACCUGGUUUCCCUACUAUUUCAUUUCUGUGGAAUCUGAGCCCAGGUAUACUUUAUACCUACAGAACCUGGUGAAUAGCUGAUAAUAGAACACUGAGGUAACACAGACCUCAAGACUCCAUUGGUGAGGCAUUGACGGUUGUGAAAGGAUUGUAAAACUGUCACCUAAACCUAACAUUCCUGUCUCCCCAAGCCCUUCCCACCUCCCAUGCUAUUUUUCCCUCUCCUAAAGGCAGUGUUCUCUGGCCAGUGCUGACUAACCUUUGACAGCUUGCCUUUAACACCACCCUUGGGCCUGUGGAGAGGAAUGAGGUGUGUGGCGUGGCAGAGUACGGAUUUGAGAGGAGGGUGCAGCCUUGAGAUUUCCUGCAUCACUGUGGGGGAACCCCAGGGCCCUUUCCCAGAGGAAAAGAAUUGUU